AUGACGUCAUUAUACAAGAAUGAAUGUAAACUUUUCCCCAAAGGGGCUGUUGUAGCGUAUGAACGGUUGGAUCGUGAAAACGCCAGUGGGUGGAGUUGGACUCUUGGUACAAUACAACAGCACAAGGAAAAUGAACACACUUGUGUGGUCCGCUCUUGGCAACCCGAGUCAUGGAACGUUGCAGGGAGUGGUAGUAGUAGUAGUAGUCAGAGGAAUAAUAAUAAUAAUAACAACGUCAUUCAAGCUAUUCUAGAGGAACUAAAUCGUGUGAACAGUCGCAUGAAAGCAGCCCAAUAUCGUUUGUUGGACGCGGAAGAAGAUACGAGUAAGCGGAGCCAAUCUCCUCCUACUCAUAUUAGCAGUGAUAAAAGUUAUAAAAGUAGGAAAAGCAGUGUUUCAGAGUCAUGGUUACACCCUGGCCGUGGUCUCACAGAUGAAAUAAGCAAAUGCUUACGUGAAUUAAAAGAAUGCCGUUCCAAAACAAAAGACCUUAAUGACGAACUCCAGCGACUAAGAAAUUCAUCCUCUGGAAAUCCUACUGUUACAUUUUUUAAGCGGUGUGGUAAUUCGGAAGAGACUAUUCUUGCUUCAUCUUUAAUAAAGAUUCUACCUGUAGAUACGAAUACAUCCGUUUGCGUCAUGACAGCAACAGAAGCAGCCUCCAUUGAUGAGGAAGCUCAACCUCUUCGUGCAGAAUUACUACAGCAACUUGAUCGCUCCAGUGAGGAAUUUCUUGGUGCGGUGGCAGAACUACGUUCUCUGCAAGCGUUUAGCGAUGAACUUGAGUCUCGAAUGGAAUUGUGUCAAGAUGUUAUGAUUAAACUCGCCAAAGCGUCUAGUAAAUCUGAGACGCCACAUUCACCAAAGAGUGUGACUCUGUCGGAAGUGAGGCAGCUGCGGGAUGAAGUGAUGGGAAUGGCACAUUGGAAUUGGCACCACGAUCAACAACAACAACAACAUCAAUCAAGUAAGGGUGUCAAGACGAGGCAUAAGACAUGCUUCACCUGGCCUAUGGCAGAUAUGCUCAUCAACAAUAAGCCAGAGGAGCUGCUUUCAACAUUCACAAUAGAUGUAGCCCAAUGUCUAAACGCUCCGCUGGAUUGUGUGAGUAACGUAUGCUUUGAAGUCGCACAAACAGGGCUUGUAGUAACUUUUGACGUUUACCAUCCGAACCAUAUAACGAAAAGCGAGGUGGAUGCACGUCUAUCUGCUUACCCCUUCUUACUACUAGAAAACUUAUAUCGCAGUGCUGAAGAACCAAAAAAAGGACUCGAUCUAGCAAUUGAAGAAGUUUGUCGUGCAUUGGGUAUCGACGAGAGAAAGUACAGUGGUAUGCGAUUCAAGGAGUUUAUUGAACAGCUUUCGGCAUUAAGCUCAUCAUCUGACAAAGAUGCAUAUGAGAGUGAAAUUGGCGAUAUGCUCAUGCUCAUCGACAAAAUGCACAGCGAAAAUCGCUCCCUCCAAUAUACACUCGCAAAAUCAACUGAAGAAUUCAGAAAGCAAACUGCUGAAACUCAGCGAGAAAGGGAAUACCUUAAAAUGAAGAAUGCUGACCUCAACGAAGAAAUUGAGCGCCUCAACAACGUCAACGCCAAACUACGAGAAUUAGCAGACCGACUUGAAGGAGACCUUCAGUCAUUUAACCUGCAACACGCUAAUAUUGAACGAAUACGUGCACAGCGUAACCUCAACAAAAACGAAUCAGAUGAUGGAAGCCUCUACUGCAUCACACUUCAGGAAUAUAGCGAUGAAAAAGAACGUGCGCAGAACCUACAAAAUGAGCUAAACGAAGCGAAACGCAACUAUGACGAACUCAAGCAGAUACUAAAUGAUAAAGAAGCUAAGGAAAUUCAAACAAAUAAUGAACAAAGAAACAGAGAAACAGACGCUAACAAUGCAAUACACGAACUCCAACAACAAAACAAUGACCUACUUCAGAAACUAGAAGAAGCUAUGGAAGAAACAAAUAGAAUGGACUCGGAACUAAAAGAGUUCCGCCGUAAGCGCUGUGAGGCUCUGGAGUUGCGUGAACACGACGGCCAGCUGGAGGUGCCCACCACGUUCUUGCCACCUGCACAGGGUGCGGAAUGUCCUGUGGACCCCGAGGUUAUCGCAGGUGAACCGCUAUAUUGCGUCACAAUGGACGAGCUUAAC